GACCUGCCAGUCGCUUCUCAGCAUUCUUCGCCUCUGGUUCGAAAUUCUCAGGCCGAUCAGAAAGGCAAAGCAUAAAGACCCUACCUACCGAAUAAAGACCGAGCAACAGGGGAGGCGGUGGCCAGCAGCGAACAGAAGACGGAAAAACAGAAAAUAACAAAAAUCCAUUUCUAUAUACCCAACAUUGACAUCGCCAUCGAGAUCGAGAAUCCACAUCGAGAUCGAGAUCGAGAUGUGUAUAUGAACGCAGUUCCUGCUCGUAGACCGGUCGUCCGUAGAAGCAUCGUUGUGUUCCACAGUUCCAAAGUUCAGUGAGUGGGCCAAAGAAGAAUCGAGGGUGGAGAAUCCGAAUCCGAAACCAAAACCGAAAAGCUAAAAUCUAAAUCCAAAAUCUGAAUCCUGCGCGGAGAAGAGAGAAUCGAUCCAAGAUUUGUUGUAAUGGUGCACAGGCGCUGGAUUUUCUGUGAGAGCGGCGAGGAUCCAAACUUGAGGAAGGAGCACUACGAGUACACCCAAAGCCAGCACCGAUAAUUCC